CAAUACAGAUUUUUUCUUUUAAUUUUUUUAAAAAUCUUUUUGCCUUUUUAUUUUUGUCCGAUGAACCCUGCUUAAUCCUCCAUUCCUCCCGGAACCGCGAAUUCACUCUCGCAGGCAAUCGCCGUCGCACAAUCCACCACCCGCCUAAGCCGUCGGCCGUCCGCCGUCCACUCUCCAUCCGGGCCCUCCAUACGGCCGCUUCUCUCUCAAAUCGAUGGUGUCUUCUAUAGAAACUCUUCAUGUCUGCUAGAACUUUCUUCAAAAUAAAUUCGCGGUGUUGGCUGAAUCGACUCUUGUUUUUCUGCCAUAUAGGGAGCUUUUAAUACGUAUUUUAGAAUUGUUGGUACUUUUACAUGAACAAAACAUCGGGUAUCCCCCAUUCUCCUUUACGAGUUUGAAACCGAGUUCCGUUCCAUGGCAGCAUGUUGUCCAAGUUGCUCCAAGUUCACACCAAGUUCUUUUCUUCCACACUCCUCUCUUGUUCCCUCUUUUUUCGGUGUCCCUUCUAGCUAUGUGAGGUCUGUUAAUGUCCGUUGUUUCUAUAAGUGUCAAAGAGUUUGGCUUCGGUCAAGCCGUCGUUUUGUUCCUCUACUUGCUUCGUCGUGCAGCAAUUUUGAGUCUGUGGAACUGCAAGAAGCCCAGAAUGCUGUUUCAAAACUUCUUCGAGAAUUCGGGGUGUCUGAGGAGGAAUCUAAUUCUAUUGCAUCUAAUUCACCGAAGUAUGUGAGGAUGCUGGUUGAUGAAGUACGGGAUUUGGACGAACUUUCAAUGUGGGAGACGCAAAUUGGCGGGUUCCAGGAGAAAGUGGUUCACAUUGCUAGGAAGAAAGGUGAUAAUGGCAAAGUUGUAUACUUGGAGAGUCUGGGUUUGAGCCUCUCUUCAGCUAUGAACGUGGCCAGAUAUCUGUCAGGAGAAACACUUGUAGCACUCAUCCAUAAGGUUAAGUGUAUGAAGGAACUGUUCUUUUCUGGCAGUGAAAGUUAUGAGUUCCCGGUCAGAAGAGUUCGCAAUAUGAUGAUGCAGUUAUCUAUUCCUAUUGAUGAAGAUCUGCAGCAGACUUUGUCCUUUUUUGAAAAGGUUGAAGCAAGGCGUGGAGGUUUGACCAUGUUGAAUUCCAGUGAUGCUGCUUUUGAUUUUUUAAUUGAAUCAUUUCCCCGUCUACUUUUGUUAUCAGUAAAAUCUCACAUGAAACCGUUAGUGGAAUUUCUUGAGAGUGUUGGAAUCCAAAGAGAUCUCAUGAGAAAUAUACUGUUGACUUUUCCUCCCUCUUUGCUGUGGAAUAUUGAAGUAUUUAAAAGUCGAAUACUAGCCUUGAAUGAGAUUGGUGGUGUAAAUAACAAUCAUGUUAAGUUGCUGAUAAAAUAUCCAUGGAUAUUAUCAAAAAGCAUUCAAGACAACUAUAAGGAAAUCCUCUCUUUGUUUGAUUCGGAGAAGGUUCCCAAGGCAUUUGUUGAUCAUGCAAUCAAAAGCUGGCCCCAUAUCCUGGGCUGUUCAUCUAGCAAGCUAAAGCUGAUGGUUGAUCAGUUUGGUGAGAUAGGAGUUCAACAGAAGAAGUUAGGUCAAGUUAUUGCUAAAAGUCCUCAGCUACUGUUGCAGAAGCCACAAGACUUUCUCCAGGUUGUUCUGUUCUUUGAAAAUAUGGGGUUUGAUAGACAAACAAUUGGGAAAAUACUGGUUCGCUGCCCUGAAAUCUUUGCUGCUUGCCCUGCCAAGACUCUCAAGAGAAAGAUUGAGUUCCUCCAUAGUAUUGGUGUUUCUGAAGUUCACCUUCCUCGGGUCAUAAAAAAGUAUCCAGAACUUCUUGUGUCCGAUCCAGACAGAACCAUGCUACCUAGGUUGGUGUACUUGAUGAAGUUAGGACUAUCUGAAAGAGACAUUGCAUUGAUGGUACGAUCAUUUUCUCCUCUGCUUGGAUACAGCAUUGAGGAGGUUCUGAGACCCAAAGCAGAAUUUCUGGUGAACACAAUGGAGAGGCCAGUGAAGGACGUGGUGGGAUACCCCAGGUAUUUUAGCUAUUCUUUAGAGAAGAAGAUAAAGCCAAGAUUUUGGGUGCUUAAGGGAAGAAACAUUGAGUGUAGUUUGAAGGAUAUGCUAGCAAAAAAUGACGAAGAAUUUGCUGCUGAAUAUAUGAAUCUCCCAUCUCCUCAUUCUUGAAUUCAGCAUGGACUUGUGUCUUGCUAGGCUGUAAAUAUUAUAUACCCUUGGUUUCCAAGUGUAUAUUUAUUUUCAUAGGUUUAAAGAGAGCUCAAAAGUUAGGAGAAGAUUAUUUUUUUGGGAGAAUAUCAAUGAAGGACCGUUGAAUUUUUUUAAAAGGACACUAGUUAGAUGUAAUGCUUGUUGUAACAAUAACUUCACUUCUUCAACGGUCCUUCAUUGAUAUUCUCCUUUUUUUUUUUUUACUAAAUUACAAAAAUCUGCAAAACGGUGAGCCACCCUUGGUAAAAUACUUGCACAAUUUUUGCAAGAUGCAUUGCCAUAAGAUAGACAUGUUUUAUUGUUUU